AUGCCGACAUACCAUAACAAGAAAAACUUCAACCUGUGUGUGGUGUGCUGUAAGUCCACAAAAAAAGGAUUUGAUAUUUCUUUGCACAAAUUUCCCAAAAAACAAGCCAGACGAGAAAUUUGGCUUAAAAAUUGCGGAUUGGUAGAGAAGGACAUAAAAUCUUAUACCAAGUUGUGUUCUUCUCAUUUUGAAAAAGAUUGUGUAAUCCUAACCGGUAUCAGAAGAGUAUUGACAAGGUCUGCAGUCCCUGUUAUUUUUGAGGAGAAUAUUAAACAUAAAAAAAAACAAAAAAAAAACAAGAAAACAAGUCAACAUUCUCCAAUUAUGACAAAAACCGGAGAUCAGUCUUUAAUUACAAGAAGUUAUAGCAAAGUUUAUUUUAUCCUGGUAUCAGAUCAUAAUUUAGUUCAAAAUUCUAUUCCCACGGCUACAGUUACUCAUGGCACUCAGAUAUCCAGGCAAUCAGAAGCUAUACUACAAACACAGGUUGAUGAUCUGGAAAAUCCAGCUGCUAAUGUUAUACCAAUGUGGACUUUGUGUCAAUUUACUGCGCAAUUGACAG